AUGAAUAGACCAGUUAAAAUAUUAUUGAUUGUAAUCAUACGCAAUUUUUAUUGUUUAUUGAGUAUCAAUGAUCAAUCAACUCAAAUAAGUACUUAUUGUAAUCCAAUCAAUAUUGAUUAUACUUAUAGUAUCUACAAUGCAAAUGAAAAUAUUUCAUAUCGUUCUGGUGCUGAUCCAGCUGUUGUUAAAUUUAGAAAUGAGUAUUACAUGUUUGUUACCCGUUCAAUGGAUUAUUGGCAUUCCACUGAUUUACUUCAUUGGUCAUUUAUAAAUCCUGAAAAAUGGUAUUUUCAAGGCUCAAAUGCACCAGCUGCUCAUAAUUACAAUGAUUCUGUUUUAUAUGUAACUGGAGAUCCUUCUGGUUCUAUGAGUAUUCUUUAUACAGAUAAUCCUAAGAAAGGAGAUUGGAAAGCAAUACCAUUAAUCAUACAUGAUUUACAAGAUCCAGAUCUAUUCAUAGAUGAUGAUGGUAAAGCUUACAUGUUUUGGGGUUCAUCUAAUACAUAUCCUAUUUGA